AUGGUUGUCGGCGGCUGGGAAAACUCGCUGCGUAGAGCCGCAGAUCGCGCGCUGCAGACGCUCAAGGUCAAUUGGCAUCUCGGCUUUACCGCAUUUGGCGGACCCCCCGUGCACUUCAAAAUCUUUCAUGACAAAUUUGUCACGAAAUUGCAAUGGAUAGAUGAGCAGAUUUUCCAGGAGCUCUUCAGUGUUUCUCAGGCGCUUUCUGGCCCUGCUAGUACCAAGAUGCUUUACUGUAUCAAUUUGAUCCAUGGCGGCCUGUUCGAAGCUCUUCUGGCUUUUUUUGUCUGGAGCUUGCCUGGUUUUCUAGGCAUGUUUGGACUCUCCAUUGGUGUAUCCAGCAUCGGGGAUACACUACCUCGCGCGGUAUACGCUCUUCUCUCAGGUCUAAAUGCAGCUACUGUUGGGAUCAUCGCGUUGGCAGCCGUUGAACUCUCCGACAAGGCUAUCACAGAUCAAGCUACGAGGCUUGUUCUUUCAAUCACUGCCAUGGCCGGGAUACUGUACAACGCCCUCUGGUACUUUCCAGUCCUCAUUGUUGCGGGUGGAUGCUGUACUAUCGUGUAUGAUUUUCGCUGGCUGCAUCGUCCGGUCCGAGCUGUCAAGAACGCUCUUCUUAGGAUGAGGAUGGGAAGAGUCACGGAGAGUGAGAAUAUUCAAGGUGCUGAGAAUGGAACGGACGGCAACGCCAAUGAUUCCAGAGUCGCCCUUGCUGAGACCUCCGAGUCUGGCCCCCGAGAGGAUGGACCGCGUGUCGUGCCCCAGGAGUACCGCCUCAACUUCUCAUGGAAGUCCGGAACAGCCGUCAUCGCCGUCUUCCUCCUCUCAUUCAUCGUCGUUCUCGUCCUACGCGGGACUUUGCCGACACCUCCUUUGCUCUACAAGCUUUUCGCCAACCUAUACCUGGCUGGAACAAUCAUCUUUGGUGGCGGUCCCGUUGUGAUUCCUCUUCUUCGAGAGUACGUCGUUGCUGAGGGAUGGGUUUCACCGCGGGAUUUCCUCAUCGGCCUCGCUAUUGUGCAGGCAUUCCCAGGACCAAACUUCAACUUCGCCGUGUUUUUAGGCGGCCUCGCAGCUGCGAACAGUGGAUACCCGGCGAUUGCUGGAGCGCUGAUUGCUUACCUUGGUAUCUUCGUCCCAGGCAUGGUUCUGGUUCAUGGAACGAUGGGCGUCUGGGGGGUUCUGCGGUCACGACGCUGGGUCAAGUCUGCCGUGCGAGGCAUCAAUGCUGGUGCUGUCGGAUUGAUCUACACGGCUGUCUAUAGGAUAUGGCAGGUUGGAUACAUCGAUCAGGGCUUUCAGUCUGGAAAGAGUCUUGCUGACGAUCCUUGGUGGGUUGUUGUCACUGCAACGGCUUUUGUAGGAGGACGAUAUUUUGGUGUCGCACCGCCGUUGGCAAUUUUACUUGGUGCUUCGAUGGGGUUGUUGAGGUAUGGCAUUGUUACAGCAUGA